AUGUCGGCUUCACAAGCAGAAUCACAUCUCGAAGCACUGCCCACCGAACUCAAAAUAAAAGUCCUUCGAUGUCUCAGAAGCGUGUCCUCUCUGAAAUCUCUGACCCACUCAUCACCUCGAUUCUACAAUGCUUACCAUAGCGAGGAAUAUGCAAGAAUUUUCGAACAAGUAGUAGAGAACGAACUUGGAAGCGAAGUUUUUAAAGAAGCGUGGUUCGUGAUUAGAGCAGCACGGCACCUACAUCUGCGAACCAGUAAUCGUUACAGUGACGAAUUGGAUGAUACAUCACGAAAGGCAUUAUCAGAACUAUUAAGAAGUGGAAGAAAUCUAGAUAGAAGUGAGCUGGGUAUCACACUGGAGGAUAUAAUUUGGUUUUCAAAGAAGCUGCCCGCACUCCAAGAAAUGACGAUGGCAUUUUUUAAAAGUAUGCUAGAAAAUCAUCCAAUUACUGGAGAACGGAUCGCUUUGUCAUCACUCCAAGGAAAAUCUCCCUCCAAGAGCGAGUUCUGUCGCAUCCAACGUGCCUUUCUCCGAAUAGAGGCUUUUACCUAUUUAUUUUCACUUGAAGACCACGAUUCUUCAGCAUACGAUCAAGAUCCAAGUGGUCCAUUCAAGGAGCAAGAGUUAAAUCGUAUUUACCGACACGACUGGAAUCGACGCCGACGUCCGUUUGAACUAUCCAGUGAGCAGCAAGCUCUCUUCUUGGAUAGAUACGAGGAAUGGGAAAUAGAAGAAAUGAUUUGCGUACGAGAGUGGUAUCGUAGGGAAUAUAGUCUUCUAUAUGAGCAAUAUCCGAAGGAAUGGAAAGACGUUUGGAUUUAUCAAGAAUGGAUAGAUGGAGACCCGUACCGCUCCCUCGAGGAAGCCGCAAAUAGCGAAUGGCUCAGGGAAAAGGAUUGGGUGGAUUGGGAAAAUGUGAACGAAUUGUCUAUGAGCAAGGGGUUUGAGUUGUUGGCGGAAGUAAAACGCAAAGAAACUGGAAAGGAGAAAGUUAACCUUAUAUACAGUGCUAUAGACAGUGGUGCAAUCUACUUCAUUGACCUGGACGGUUAUCUGUCGAUUACAUUGGAAGAAUGGAACAUCUUAAGGACCAAGGAUGCAACGAGAGAAGACAUCUCCAUUCAAACCUUGCAGAAGUGUUUGAGAGAACAAUCUGCAUGGGAUGAGUCAGGAAGCAAUGCAGCAUGGUGCUGGGUGCGUAGACAAUGGGAAAGAGAUGACAGAAAGUGGUCCCAGACAGGAAAGUGUUUGAGAAGCUGGGGAUACGUAAUGUGGGAUGCUUGGAGGUUAGAUGCGCUGGGUAUUUUUCGCCUCGACGUUGAUGAGAUUGGUUUGCAUGGACCAAAGAAAUUUGGUGAACUGUUGUUCUCGGAGAGGACGACGGAACAGGAUGAUGAAUAG